CACUAAUUUACAAAUGGAAAUUAAAAAGAAUGAUUGAAUGAGUAUUUAUAUCUAGAUCUGGUUGCAGUUGAUGAAUAUAUGCAAGUGAGACCCAGUCAGUUGUGACGUGCAUAAAGCAGAUGAACAAGAGAGUGAUGAACAACUAAUGCAGAUGGUUGAGAAAUAUGUAAUUCAAAUCAACUUGUUUAGAUUAAAUGAUUUUAAUGAUGUUUAGUUAAUGAUGUUUUCCACUGCAUAUGGAGUACUAACUUAUAUACAAUUUUGAGAGUACUAACUGAUAUACAAUCUUGGGAGUACUAACUGAUAUACAAUCUCGGGAGUACUAACAAGUAUGAGAAAACAAAGGCAAGAGACACGACAAGACUGCUAUAUGGAAAAAUAAUGGCUCAACAGAUUUUGACUCAAAUACUUUUACUACUCACAACAUGCAUAACUCUAUUCUCAGCGCAGUCAAAUGACCAGCUUGAGCAACCAAAAAACACAAAAAUAUCACGGUUAAGAAGAGGCUCAACUGCUUGCAAACCAAAUCCUUGCUUCCUUCCCCCCGUUUGUGAGAAUCUCUCAAUAUGCCGCUCUAAUGCUCUUUGCAUGAAAGAGUGUAUUUGUGCCCCAGGCUGGAGUGGUCCUAGAUGUACAAAAGCGGUAUCCACACAAGCUCCAUCUUCUGUUACAACUUCUCAGGCUGAGGACUCUCCUUGCAAAUCUAAUCCAUGCAAUGGGACACAAUGUCAGAAUUAUGGACAGUGCAGGAUUAAUUCAAUCAACUGUACAGCAAUUUGUGAUUGCCUUAGAGGGUUCAUAGGUUCACGUUGUGAGACACCAAUGUGUGAUCCUGCAUGUGUAAAUGGCAAGUGUAUGCCUGGUUUAAUAAUGCCAUAUUGCGAAUGUAACAAAGGCUGGGGUGGUAAAGCCUGCAACAACAAACAAAAUGAAAGAGAGUGUACCCUCUCCUGUGAAAAUGGGGGACGUUGUAAGUUUAUCAACAUAACUGUUGAUGAUUCAGUGAUACCUUAUAACAAUCGAGAUACAACCAAUAUGCAAUGUGAGUGUCUCAAUGCCUCAUAUGUAGGAGAUCUGUGUGAAGAUUUUUGCAAUAUCACAUGUGGACCAAAUGGACACUGUGAAGUGUUGGAUGGUGUACCAAGAUGCAUUUGCAAGACAAACUGGAGUGGCAAAUUUUGCACAAAAUACAAGAAGAAAACAUAUCCUGACACUACUUCUCAGUGGUACUGGUAUGUUGUGGGUACAGCUAUAGGCCUAGCAGUGGUUCUACUGAUCCUACUAUUUGUAAUCCCAUAUGUCAUGUGGCAGAAACGUGCCAU